GUCAUUUUGUGAAUUCAGCCCACACCGAAAGUGUCAUCGGACGGGUAUAAAGCCGAAUUUCAAGCUCGGAACCUUUCAAUCGACUCCUUGACCGCCAUGAAGUCCCUCAUCUUCCUGACCUGCAUGGUGUACGCCUCGGCUCAGCUGGUCCACUUCAGGCCGCAUGCAGUCCCUCCGCAUGUGCACAGUUUCAACACGUACAGGGCCGUACCGCCUUACUUCCUCGUACCGCCUCCUCCUGCAGUACGUGCAGUCCCGCCAGCAGUUCCUGCAGCAGUCCUACCGGCGGUUCCUCCGGCAAUCGGUCCUGUCUAUACGCCUGCGGUUCCUCCAGUUCUUCCUCCAGCUCCGGUCCCAGUAUGACUAAAAACCUAGCAAAAUUUCUAUCUUAA